AUGUUAAUAAACAAUAACUCUGACAUUAAUAAGUGUACAGAUACUAGAGAGUCACAUCUAUACAUUGCUGGUGAGAAAGGACAUACUGAAGUGGUACAGAUGUUAAUAAACAAUAAGGCAGACAUUAAUAAGUGUAAAGAUACUGGAGAAUCACAUCUAUACAUUGCUUGUGAGAAAGGACAUACUGAAGUAGUACAGAUGUUAAUAAACAAUAAGGCAGACAUUAAUAAGUGUAAAGAUACUGGAGCAUCACCUCUGUUCAUUGCCUGUUACAAUGAAAACACUGAAGUUGUGCAGAUGUUAAUAAACAAUAAGGCAGACAUUAAUAAGUGUAAAGAUACUGGUGAAUCACCUCUGUUCAUUGCUUGUGAGAAAGGACAUACUGAAGUAGUACAGAUGUUAUUAAAAUAUAUGGCUGACAUCCAUAAGUGUAAUGAUGAAGAAGGAUCACCUCUGUGCAUUACUUGUCAGGAAGGACAUACUGAAGUAUUAUAG